AUGAGUGGAGAAGAUUCGACGUUGGUUGUUGGCCACCAACAUAGGGGUAUGCCAGGUCAUUCCAUAGAAAAUGACCGCCCAGAUUCAAUGUGGCGCUUGAGCCAGGUGAAACCCGGUCACUCAAUGACUGUCCAUGAGCUUGGCUUCGGUGACAACAACCACGAGGAGAUUUUCUAUACCCGAGUAAAUCGUGUGGGAUUCCGUAGAGUACUAGCAAGCAGGGAAGUGGAGCGCGCACAUUAUGUUCCAGAAGAUGUCUCAGAAGUCGAUGAUGGUUCGGAGGCUCCGAACGACAAAAAAGGUUACCUGAUGGAGUAG